AUGAGACUCUCCACGUUCUCCCUGGCGGCCGCUUUGGCAUGCUCUGCGCUCUCAGCUGCUGUGCCAGUUGUGGCCAAGACGCCGGCCCUCCCAGAACAGGGUGCCCAUCACUUGAGUCCAAGAGCACAGUACAACAUCGACACUUUCGAAGAUCUCGAAGAAGAAGCCACGAGAGCCACUCAGGACGAGAUCACGGCUAGUGUCAACUACCUCGCCAACUUCUGGAGCGCAAAUGGAGCGACCUGGGCAUUGACGGGCGGCAUCGCAAUGCAGAAGUAUGGUAUGACAGAACGUACCACCCAAGACUCGGACUUGGGUGUAUCGAUCUUACCACUAGCCAUCACCAAUGCCGCUGCGGCGGAUGCCAACAUUCAGUACCCCCCGGCGCUUAUGGCUGCCUCUGGAACUGUAACUCUAUUUGUCAAUAUCAACGGUCAACAGGUUCAGAACGACGUUUUUCCCCCAAAUUCGGAACUGGCCCCAAGCCUUGACAACACUGUUACAAUCGAUGGCUGGCCGAUCGUAAGCAUUCUCUCGCUCAUCAAGUCCAAGGUACGGAGGGCCGAAGACCAGGAUAUCAUCGAUGUAGCUUGGUUUUGUACGGAAAGACUCAACGACGUCACCGCCAUUGCCAGCCAGAUUGAUUACCAGAGCCGUUUGUCAUUCGCAUCCGACGCCAAGGCACGCCGUCCUGCAGAUUUCGACGUAAUCUGUCCAGGACUGCAACUCGAUCCAAGCCAAGUUCCAUCCAAAUGA